AUGCUGCAACGAGCCAUUGGUGUAGCUGUUGGUCUUGCAGCUGCUUGUGCUACAAAUGUUGCAGUCAAAAAUGAUACUGGCAAAAGAAGAGCCUUCUACGAAGACGAAGAAGCCGUCAACGUGUUCCCCGGAACUACGACCCCAUUGGACGCUGCUGCUUCAGAGAAGCUUGGCCAGCAAUACGUGCUAGAAGGCGUUACCGUGAGAACCACGAACUCAGUACAGAAUGCCAUAAAAAGUGCCAGAGAAUCUGUGGUUGGAGCAUUCAGGUGCGCUGAAAACUGGCUCAACAACGGCAAGGCCAAGUACAUUGAAUCUGAGCGGUCUGUUAGUGACACGUUGAGCAGCUUGCACGAAAAAAGAGAAGAUCUUCUUCCUAACUCCAUAUAUAUCGCCGUGGCAGGAUUGUCAGGUAACAUUUUUGCCAGAAACCGUGGACCUAUUGCAAGGUUUUUUGUGCCCACAAUACUAGGCUUGGGUGCAUUCAAAUACUUCUUGCCCCACACAUUCAGCAACACUGUGGGUCUUCUUUGGAAAGUAGAGCAAAGGACGUUGCCAGAAGUAGCACAGCAGCAAGUUUCCGCAUACAACACUGCUCAUGAAUGGGCAAAGAAAGUCGAGAGCUCGGCCGUGGAAGGCCAGCACAGGGUCAGUCUGGGGCUCGAGUCUGCAAAAAGGAAGCUUGCUUCGGCAAGUGGGUUGAAUCUCGACGAGGAGGUCACCAAGAAAUGA